AUGAAUAGUACAAUGCAAGAUUAUCGUGCACAGACUCUUGAUCGUCAUCGUUCAAUUCAAAACCAUCAAGUUCAUUCAGUCAUGGAUAAUGAUUCAAAAAAGAAAGCUGCAACACAAUCAUCAUCUGAUAAUGUUAAUUACAGUUCAGCAUUAAUGAGUAGUGCGAUACAAGAUUAUCGUGCACGAACUCUUGAUCUUAGUAUGCCUGGUCGUUUUUCAAAUCAGAAUCAAAUUCGUCUUCGUCCUAUUCAAAAACAUCGAGUUCAUUCAGUCAUCGAUACCGGUUUAAAAAAGAAAAAUGCAACGCAAUCAUUAUCAUCUCCACAAACUUUACCAAUAAUAAAACCAGUAACUAAUGAAGAACGUGAAUAUGUUCUUCAAGAUCCUCACACAUCAAUGAUUUCUCAUCGACAACGAGAAACUUUAGCUGAACGUAUUGGACUUAUUCAAACAACUAACAAAGCAGAUAAUCAUUUAACUGAAGCAGCAUGGAAUGAAGUUAAACAACGUUCAAAUGAUCGUCAAGAUUCUAAUUGUCCAUGUCCAAUAUGUCAAGAAGAUUUUGGUCUUGGACAACAGGUACUUCUUUCAUGUUCACAUGUUUUUCAUCGAGCUUGUUUAAUAACAUUUGAAAAAUUUGUUUCUAAUAAUGCUAAUGGUACCGAUCUUCGUACAUGUCCUCUAUGUCGUCGUUCACAAUAUGAAAAACGUAUUAUACAUGAAGGCGCAAAAAUUCAUCGCGCCAAAUGUGCAGCUCGUAUUCAAGCUGCAUGGCGUGGUUAUAUUGUUCGACAGUGGUAUAAAAAUUUUCGUCUUGAUAUGUCUCAUAUACCAGAUGAUACAAGAUUACGUCGAAAAUUUUAUCAAGAAAAAUUAUCUGAAAUAACUGAUCGUAUAAUAGCAUCAUGUGAUUUUGAUUUAAAUGAUUUAUUUAAUGAAAUUGAUCGAAAUGUUGAAAAAGCACGAGCUAUUCGUCAAGCAUUUGAUGCACGAAUUCGUACAAUUGAUGAAGAUGAAUGGAAAGAAAUCAAAGAACGUGCAAAACAACGUAAUGAACUUGAAUGUUCAAUUUGUAAAUGUGCAUUACAACCAAUUAUUAUUGAAACAAUUAUUAAAAAACCAACUAAAACAACUAAAAAUAAAUUAGAAAAAUUAUUUCCACAAUCAAAACUAAUCGAACAAAAACAAAUAGUUAAAAAACAAGAACAACAACAACAACAGCAACCUAAAAGACCAUUAGUAUUACUUAGUUGUACACAUGUAUUUCAUGCAACAUGUUUACAGAUGUUUGAAGGAUACUGUUGUGAUCCAAUUCCUAAUUGUCCUGUUUGUCGAACAGCAUACCAAAAAAAUACCUAUGCAUUCUAA